AUGUCGGAAAGGGGGGGGGAGGGGGCGUUGCAGACUGGACUCCGCCUGUCGAGUGUUGCUCGCGCUCCCUUGGAGGAAGAGGCGGCUUCCGAGCCCAGCACUGGAACCGCGGGCGGCUCCGUUUCCGGCGAUGCGGGAACCGCGCGGCCGAAGGCAGAGGUCGUCUCCGAGCUGGCGAAGCUGGAUCCUAUUGUCCGUGACUUUGUCAAGGAUGAGUUCAGGCUCAAGAAGAAGCUUCGUGAGAUCGAGGCUCUCGAGGCUGCCGGCGCGUCGGGGAAGAGCCUCGAAGCCGCCCAGGUGGCCAAGGUGUCCAAGAAAGGACAAGUCCUCUCCGACCUUCGCCUGGUGGACCAGCACAUCUCGGAGGCCCUGGCUGACUUCCAAAAGCGCCACCCGACGCCUUUGGCACCCAAAAGCUCCGAGCAGCAAGCGGCGCCAGGUGCACGUAGCUCCGGCAGCUCGAAGGACGCGCGGGUCACCGGCAAAGCACACGGUGGCCGAGGUGCCUCCACUAUUGGUCGAGCUGGCUACACCGUCGCUCGCGAGGACGAGUUCUGGUGA